AUGGAGUUGACGCUUCUUCGACGAGAUGCGGAACCACUGAUGCGUUCCGAUGGCAAUUCAAGCAAGAACAAAGAUUACCAAUAUGAAUUCAGACAUCCAGACAUUCAAUCAGACAGGAAUAGGCCGAAGUCAUUUAAAGAACGUUUCGUUGGUUGGAGGCGCACGCUUUUGUUCGGAUGCGUGAUUUCCGUGGUUGUGCUUGUCUUCAAUCUAGGCUUUACCUUAUGGGCUGUUCAGCAUCGCCAUGUUCAAGAUGGUCAAGGAGUCCUCUACGCGGGGGACUGUAAGAAGGUCCGGAAUGCUGGUAUAGGCUUUCACUUGGUCAUUAACAUUUUAAGCACCGGCCUCUUGAGUGCAAGCAACUACUGUAUGCAGGUUUUGGGUGCACCAACGAGGAAAGAGGUUGACACAGCCCAUCGAACCGGACAAUGGCUCGACGUCGGUGUGUUGAGUGUGCGAAACCUGUCCCAAAUAACCAAGAAACGGUUCUGGCUGUGGAUGUGUUUAGCCUUCUCCUCUCUUCCUCUCCAUUUGAUGUACAAUUCUACCGUUUUCUCGUCAGUGUCCGCCAACGCUUAUCAUGUCUUUGCCGCAAACGGUUCACCCAAUGGCACCGCUGUCUCGGUUAUAGAAUCGGACUUUGGGGAUAACGGGAACCGACAAGUAGCUCUCAGACUGCAUGCGAAAGCGCAAAACGGCACCCUACGCCGACUUGACAAUUCCGCGUGUGUCAAUGCGUAUGCCACUGCAUUUCAGUCGACAUAUGGCAGUCUCAUUUUAGUGACAGGCAACGCCACUCCGGCCGAUCAUUUCAAUCUUGUGUAUACGCAACAGGUCUUUAAAACUAACGUAGCCGUUGUCGGUGCAAGUGGAUAUAACUGGAUAUGUGAAGACUUGGAACAUCAUAAAUAUGAGUGGCAAUUGACUCCAUGCAUCACUUCUCUACCACAAGUCCAAGCUCGAGUAGCCGAAAACAAUUGGACAGUGGGUGGGUACAAAUCAGAGUACUGCCUUGUUGAGGAGCCUACUCCACAUUGCAAGCUACAGUACAGUUUGUAUUUGGUGGUCAUUGUGAUCGCAUUUAAUAUUGUGAAGGCUAUAGUCUUGUGCUAUGUCGCUUUCAACUUGAAGGACUCUCCCCUUCUUACCACUGGUGACGCAGUUUCAUCUUUCUUGAGAGCACCCGACCAGUGCUCGCGAGGCAUGUGUCUAUUGACUAUGGAAUCUGUAAGAAAAUCUUCCAGAAUCAGCAGAACCAUGAAGUUCGAUGCAAACCCAAAAAGAUGGCGGUCGGCUAUGUCUCGCAGGAGAUGGUCACUUGGGAUCACAUGUUAUUCAGUUGCUCUUGUAGCCUGCGGCUCCCUCCUUGCGCUCGGAUUAAUGCUCUCCUUCGACUCGACCGGGAUCUGGAGUGUCGGGCUAGGGCAAAUUAGCACCCAAACACUGAUCUCUUCUGGGGGAUACACAAUUUCGUCAGUGGUGGCCAAUACCCUAGUGGCAAAUCUACCCCAACUCAUACUCUCCAUGCUAUAUUUUGCAUGUAACGGUCUUAUCACGACCAUGGCCCUAGCUCAUGAAUGGAGUCAGUAUGCAAACCAGCGGAAAGGACUGCGAGUCUCUUCCGAGCCAAUGGGCACACAACGAAGCACGUACUUCCUCUCUAUGCCAUACCGCUACGCCAUUCCAUUCAUUAUUGUAUCAACGCUCGUGCACUGGCUCAUAUCCGAGAGCCUUUUCCUGGUCAUGAUCGAAGCGUACACGGUGGAUCAGGAACGAGAUCCCACCAACGAUAUAAUAACCUGUGGGUAUUCGGCAGUGGCCAUUGUGGCAACCAUUUCGGUUGGAGCUGUCGCUCUGGGUGCUCUUAUCGGAUUGAGCUUCAGACGUUUCAAGUCUGGGAUGCCAGUCGCCGGGAGCUGUAGUCUGGCUAUUGCAGCCGCUUGUCAUGCCAAUGCGAAUCCAACGGACCUAUCUCGAGAAGAUGAAUCAGUAUUGCCGCUUCAAUGGGGAGAGGUGGAAGGGAGGGAACCGGUGAGACAUUGCGCCUUUUCGAGCGCAGAAGUGCAUAUGCCACAGCAUGGCUGGGUUUACCAAUAA